UCGGCCAUCUCGGGUUAGAUUAUUCAAUAUCAUUUUCUAACACACACAUGCUAGAUUGUAAUGAUUAUCUCUGCUUUGAUCCUCACUUUGAUAGUGUCGAUAAAACAGCAUCCGCUAGGGUGAUAAAUGCGCGAGUCUGUUUACAUUUCUCUUUCUCGCGUUAUUGGUGGGUAAAUUUAGCUCAAGUUGCAGGCAUCAGCUCAGUAACAUACACAGCAUGGUCAUUCCUCUCCUCCGUCUCCCCUCAACGGUGAACUUGGGUUGUGGCUAUUGGGUACACAAUGUACGACCAUGCUUUUGAUGUAAAACAACUGCGCAAGAGACGGAUAGAAACAGGGGGGCGAAGAGAAGAAGAAGGAGGGGGACGUGAGUAUCGUGUGGUGUUGCACAAUGUUCAUCUUCAUGGGUCCUUCGCUUCGCGCAAUGGACACGCAACAUCCCUCCAUUUAUCGUUUCAGCUCGUUGCGCACACUUGUAAAUUAGCUGCUCCUUUUCUUGCGAUACGUCCUCUUUGCAGCUUGGGGCAACAAAUGGAGAAACCACAAUCAAGCUGAAAAUGUGCAUAUCUUCGGGGACCCGAGAGAUUAUUGCAUUUCGACUGACCGCUUCCAUGGUACCAAUACCUUAUUACUCUUUCAAGUCAAGUGAGAUGAUAGAAGAGUAUUAAAUAAGACUGAAAAACAUAACAUUACCUUUUCUCAUAAGUUGAACAUUAAUUAUUGACAAAACUUUGACCGUCAAAGUACUUCUCCCAUUCACGUCUGCUACUCUGAAAGCUCAAAUGGAUAAGAAAAGGCAAAAGACAACACCAAGACUGGAGAAAGAAGAACAAAAUGAGAAGGCAGAAGACAGAAAGAGGAUGAGAAAAACCAAAGGGGCUGAACCAGAAGUUUCCUCAAAGAGUAUUGCCAAUGAAGUUAAGCAGCAGCAGCAGCCUAGUCCGGGGGAGUUAACAGAUACAAAGCCUGACCAGUCAGAUGGAAAUUUAAGAAUGAAAAUAGGGGUUGGAGCGAAACGGACAAAGAAGCCCCCAAAGAGCCUUGAGAACUUCAUAUGCAGGCCCACAAUCAGAAUCUCUCAGAGGCUUGCACAUGGGGAAGGUCAUAGUUCAUGUGGAGGUGAAGUCUCCAGUACUGAGAUCAGAGUAGCCAAGUCGCCACAUCGUGAGAGUCAGAAAAAAGAUAGGAACGAUUGCAUUUCUCCAAAAGCAUCCACAAGGCUGAAAGUCCAACUUCCCACUUCAUCCAAAAAAGCUGACUCUACACCAGUUAUUACAGCCUCUAAAAAGGCUCCAUCAAAACACAUGAGGAAGACUGACUCAAAGUCAUUAUUGACAUCAGAUGGACCUCCGUAUGCAGUUCAACCACAAACAGAUAGCAAAGUACCACUUUCAGAUAGGAUAACCUCCUCUACCUUGCUGAAGCAGACGUAUUCACCUCCAGCUGCCCCUUCUCCACCUUCCUCAUUACAACAGAACUCCUGUCCACAAGACAGCUCCCAAGUUUUAAAUGCUCAAAAAGAGAAGGGUGAAGAUUGCCCAACUGGAGAAGCAAUGACCUCCUCCCUCAGUUCACAUGGUUCAAAUGAUAUAACACUGAAUGCUCAGACAUCUCAGCAGUCUUCUUCCAGAAUUGAAAAUGACAGUGAAAGCACAUCGUUUCCAAUAUCAUGUAGUGAGAAUUUAGUAAAGCAAACUCCUUGCCCUCCAAAAAAGAGUAGAAUCAUGGAAAGUAAUGUUGACAAGGUUUUAGAUGCAACAGAGACAGAAGAUGGAGAUUGUGCAUUUUCCCAAAACACGAGUAACACCAUAACUAACAGUAGGAGUAAGGAAAAUGGUUUAUUGCAUCAGCAAAGUCCCUCUAUAAAGACACCAUUGCUCCUUACUGCUUCGGAUAAAUCUGCCGAAUCAGCAACUCCUGAGAACAGCGCUUGUACACUAGAGUUACUGGAGAGCAGAGGAAGGAAUAAGAAGUACACUGAAAGUGAAGUCAUAGAUGACACCAGAAAGAUGACUGUGGAACCUGCCCAAGCUGUUGCUGUCCAGCCAAAAGAUGGCAGCAGGGUGGGGCAUAUCAUUGACAAGAAUAAGAAAAGAGCUAGGCAUAGUUCAAACCAGGACGAAGAUGUGCAGUGUUCCUCGCAAUCCCCUGGGUGUGCAGAUUCUCAGUUUAACAGUUCCGUUCCAAGUGAUGAGCCACCUUCACAUCCCAAACAAAACAUUAUGUCACAGAAGAAACAAAAAUCUGUUCAGAUGACUAAGAUGGAAAAUCCAGGUGAGAAGAUGGAUCUGGUGAAGACCGCCAAUGUUAGUUCCACUACCUGUAAAAAGAUUCCACAUAAAUCAAACCUUAAAAAAAUUCAUUCCAUUAAGUCAUCAAAGCAAGGUAAAUCAAGACAAGCUGGACAACCUCCUAAAUCUAAACAACUGCAAAAUUCAUCACCCAGAUCAGAAACCGUUUCCUUUGAGCCCCCUCCUAAGAAAAGGGGUCGUCCAAAAAUGGCCAGGUUGGAAGAGACACCUCAGGAAAGUGAGUCUCAAAAGUCUUUUACUAAAUUCCCCAUACUUGAACAUGCAAACGUCGCUGAUCCAGAGAAUGGCCUGAAUCUCCCAAAGCCAACUCCUAAAACCCUAGGUCAACCCAAAUGUUCCUCCUCUGUCCAGAAAAAGAGAUCUAAAUCACUAGACUCAGCAUCUGGGAAGAAGGGUGCUGAAGGAAAACUCAAACCCUCCUUGUCUAAAGCUAAAGAUGCUCAAAUCAGCCGUAAACGAAAUAGGUUGAUAAUGAAGACAAUUAUCACAAAUAUCAAUAAGAUGAGAGUGAAGAAGAAGGAUAAGGUACUCACACAGUUCCUUUCAGAGCAAAGCCAAAGUUACAAAUCUGAUUUUGCCCAGAAAGACAAUGAAGGUGAAGCAGAUGGAACACACUCUUUAUCUUCACUUGUUACGUCUUUUGGGGGAAAACCUGGUCCACAAAUUAAUAUCAGCAAACGUGGGACUAUCUACAUAGGAAAAAGGAGAGGUCGUAAACCUAAAGCUCAAAGAGAAACUUCUGGUCAAGACUCUGCACAAGUUCUGGGUCAAAAGUCUCAGCAAGUCUUGACAGAGUCUUCUAAUCAGUUAAACUCUUGGUCCACCUCUGGUGAACAUAGCCAUUCAUUUGAUGGCCAGUCUCCUUUGUGCAGCUCUCCCUAUUCAUUUAAACAUCUUGAGACCCCUUCACCCACUCUUAGUACUUUCCGAAGAAAUCUUCAUCUUGGCAACCGUGAAUAUGAUCAACAUUCUGCUCCAAAGGUAACCAGUUCCCAAAAGGUUAAAGCAAUGCACGAAGAGAAAUCGAAACCUCCUUCCUCCUCACAAUCUGCACCAUGCCCUUCAGCUACAUCCCAGUUAGGCUCUGUAAGGAUUCAAGACCGCAGAACUACACACCUUGGACGAUCAGUAUUGAUAGAGCAAGAAAGACUCAAAUACAAGUGCCAUAGAAAAGGUCAUAAUUGCUUAAGCCAUGAUAAGAUUAGGAGACAUAAACACAAAUGCAAGAAAAAGUAUCUUCAGCUCAGGGCCAAAAGGCAAGACCCAGCUUUCCUGGCAGAGAUUGAGGAGUUAGUGGUCAGACUUAGUGAGAUUCGUAUUGUGCAUCAUAUGUCAUCACGAGGGUGUGGGGAUGAAGCAAAAUCUGGAAGGAAGAGUGGGAAAGGAAAAGCUCACCCUCACGUUCUUCAGUGUCUACCACAAAACCUUCAUCAUCCAGCAAUGUUUCAAAUCAACUUCAGCGGUUACUACUCCCCUCAGUCAGAAUUGUCUCGUGACUCUCUGCAUUAUGUUGGAAUGGCAGAUUUUAAGAGGAACAAUGGGUGUCCCUCUCAACCAGGUGAACAUAUUGUCACACAUUGCCCGGUAGUGCACAAACUUGGCUUCCCACUGUCAGGAGGCGGUUGUUACCAUCCACCAUACAAAAUGCCACCCUCUACCACUUCAUUUGGUUUUGGACUUUAUAGAGGAUACCCUCCAUCUGCAACUAUAUACCCUUCCUCACCCUUUUUACCCUCCUAUGUGCACCCCUACUCCAAAAAUCCCAUUUUAAGCCCAUCAAAGUUCCACAAAAGGAAACACAAGUUUCUGAGACGUGACUCUCUACUGUGUGGAGGGAAGCCACCGGGGACGUAUGCUAAUGUAACAUCUCAUUCCCCUAGUGACUGGUUCAGUAGAAAUAGCUGGCAAAGAGAAGACAACAGAGAGCAGGCUAGAGAUAAAAGGUUUGUGGAUGAUAGGCUUAGAGAAAGAGAAGGAAUAGAGGGUUUACUAGAACAAAGUAAGCUCAGAAAAGACCAUUUCAGAAGGAGUACGCCCUCAAAUCCCCCCUGCUCUUCCUCAACACCCUCAAAGCAAGCAGACAAACACAAAACUUCACCACUUUCAUAUAUAGGACCUGCACAUCUGAGACCGAUAUCAAAAGUUAGGUGGGCAGAACAUCAGCAGCCAUGGAGGUGGAGAGAGAGCACUCAGGUAGAGCCAGGGAACAGGGUUUUAAACCAAGAAGCUCAGUCAGGGUACCAGGACGACGAUGAUGAAGAUGAUGAAGACCUACCAUCACCUCCCCUAGCAGACAGAGCCAUCCACCAUCAUUCUUUCCUGAGGAACCCCAACCUUGCUAGUAGUGCAUACAGUCGAAUGACAGCUCAAAGGAGGAUUGGUGAAGUACAGUCUGCUUCAAGGAACUUAAUGAGACCUGGAAGCUCAUUGAUGAAGGAUCGCUCAGCUGGAGCCAUAAGAACAUCAGAGAGCUUCCAGCCUGGCGGUUCACUCUUCUCUGAGCACUUCUCUGCUAGUCCCUCUCUUAAUGAACGUCAAGAGAGAGGAGGAAAAGAGAAAAGACCCAACAUCAGCAAAACGCACUUUCAGACCAACGAUAUCAGGCCUUUUUCCUCUUUUACCACCUCCAAAAUCAGCCUUUCUCAUUUAAGUAAUUCUAAAAAUACGACGCCAAAAAAGAGUAAACUGAAACACGUCAAAAAGCCUCUCAAGAAAAAGAAUCCCAAAGGUCAAGAGGUCACAGGAAGUGAGGUGAAGAGAAGAGGACGAGGUCGACCAAGAAAAAACCCCGCACCGUGCUUUUCUCCACCUUUACCUGCCACACCUUUACAUCAUGAAGCCACAGAGUCUCCUGCGAAACGUAAAAAAGGUGAAAGAGAUGACUACACCGCACUCAAUGCGAUUGAGUCCGUGACUCAACAUGAGAAAAGGAAAAGAAGGAAAGAAAGAGAUGAAACGAGGAGCAGUGAAGCGCAGGUCGAUGAAGGAAAAGACACAGGUCUGAGCCAAGAGCCCUCACAGUCACACAUUGACACAUCCUCACCUUCCCAGGAUCCAUCAGUGUCUGUAAACAGCCAAUCAGAGAGGAGGUCUGAAGAGGCAGCUGAAAAGAAAUAUGAGUGGGCGGGGCUUUACUCGGAUGUGUAUAAAAGCGAGAACCCUGCGAGUCCGUCCUCUCCAGUACACACAGACUGCCUUGACUAUGAUCCUGAAGAACAUGAGCACGGCCUACUUCCUGCACCUAUACACGUAGGAAAGUAUCUGAGGCUGAAACGGAUUGACUUUCAGUUGCCCUAUGACAUAUAUCGACUCUGUGCAAAGGAAAAGCGCCCUAAAAAGUCACGAAAAACCCCAAGAAAGACGGCCCCAUCCAAUGGAUCUGUUGAUGUAAUGUCUCGCACUCAGACCGAAGACGAUUCCUGUAAACAUCAGAAGCUCAGUGUGACUCACGACUGCGUUUCUGACAGCCUUAAUAGGAAUGUCAGCCCUAGACCUAAUACAGAAGAGAUUGGAAAAGAAAUUAGUGAAACAGACAUUGAAAAUAAUCUUCCCAAUCAACCCGACCCUCCCAAACAGCAGGAGAAAGGCAAUGAUGCUGAAAAUAUCCCCUCCCCUCUCCUGAUGAUGCCCUUGUGUUGUGAGGAGAGGAGCUUUGUCUUGGAACAUGGCAUUUUUCUAGUGAGAAACUAUGAGAAAAUGAGAGACAGACAAGCAUUGCUCCUGAGGGAGGAGGUGACAGAGCGAGAGGAAGAAAACAAAGAAGAUAGAGGGAGCAGCCAGAAGGGGGAUCAGAAAGGGGAUCUCGAAGACACCAGCACUAAGUCAGGUCCAGCAGUGUGUAUAGCUGUAAAAUACCAGUGCCUGACUCACUCGGAGGGAGAUGUGGAGGGGAGAAGUGUACAGAGCAAAAACCUCACGCAAACACUCCAGGGGAUCUAUGACGUCAUUGUCAGUCACAAGGGGUCAUCUGGACAAACCCUCGCCGCUCCUUUGCUGAACCUGUGCUCCAGAAAGAGAUCAGGCUCGGCUCCUGUCGAUCUCAGUAUGUUGCAGAGGCAGCUCCUCUCAGGCCACUAUGGGAGUCUGGACAGCUUUCAUUCAGACAUGCUGAAGGUGUUCCACUGCGCCGAGAAAUACUACGGUUGUGAGUCGCCGGUGGGCCGUAACGUGAGGCAGCUGAGGGAAGUGUACCACAGUGCUCAUCAGGAGGCCUUAACUCAGACCGCCAGUUUCCUGUGAGUGACAGAAAACCACAUCAGCAACCUCUAUCAGGGCGUUGCUGUGACCAAACCCAGAGGCAUGACGGGCCUUCCAGAAGGCAGAUAAUGCUCUCCGAUACCAAAGACCUGCUGUAUGUUGCACUCACAGAUGCACUGCACAGGUUAAGACAGCACUCCUGGAAAUGCCAUUUGUGAGCAUGGACACGGCUGAUGCUUGACAACAUGAUUAGUUGAAAGCAGCUCAGCCUUUCUUUCUCUCAGGGAAAAGAAGGUCAAGCAAAGGAACAGGAGACAUGACACAAAUCAACAUCUGAGACUCCAGAUGAUUUCAUAUACUCGAACAACAUGCAUUUCUUUCAUUUUGAGAUGUGACACUGAACAUAAACAUGUUGAAUGGGAUGCCAUACGAACAGGACGUGGUUCUGUUUCGUUUUGAAGGAAUGAACAUCCACAGACUGUUUUAAAUCAUUCAACGCACUACAUCAGCAUACCUACAAGAAAAUAGACUUCACUACUCUUAAGAACAGUAUUGUAACAGUAACUGAACAGUAUUGAGUGGUGUGAACAGAACUGUGGUCUACAGCCUUUUUAGUGUUUUGUGUUGAAGGUUAUACCUAUAAAGUAAGCAAUAAUGCAUGAAAUGUUCAAUAACACAGCCUUAAUGUAAGCAAAUGUUUGUUUAUAGUCAUUUUAGACCAGUAAUUUUUAUUUUAAAGGGAAUUUACUACCACUUUGUCCAGAGCUGUCUUGUGCUAGUGAUGUUUUGUAAUACAUUGAUUUGAAGCAGUAAUCUUUAUAGCUUUGAGACUCAGAAAUAUUUUAUACGUUGUACAGUAUAUUGUAAAUAAUGUAUAUUUAGCAAAAUUAUGUUUUAGUAUGGUUCAAGAAAGUCUAUGUACAGUCUUAAAUUGUUGUGGGAAUUAAUCUGUUUUCCAUUGAUUCUUUAUUAAUAUUUUUAUAGAUAGUUUUAAGGUGUCUCGAUGCAUGUGUAAUUUGAAACAGGACAUUCAAUGUCUGUAAAACAUCAGAUUUUCAUAGUCUUCUUUAUGCAUGGCAUACUUUAUGUUGCUUAAUAAUGUAUAAUCGCUGUGCAUACAUAUGCAACAAAUUAUAUGUCUAUACUGAACUAAGAAAUUAAUCGUUGGAAGCUUAUUAAAAAGCAGAAUAAAUGAAUUAACCCAG